AUGAGAAUGAAAAUAAAUUUAAUUCUACCCAAAACUAUUUUGCUCAGUGCGAAAUCAUUUCAAUUUAAUGAUUUGUUUGCUUUCAUCGGUAGCUCGAAAGGUUUUAGAUGCCCAACAACGCAAUAUUAUAAAGCAAUGGGAAAAAGAAUUUUACUUAGUUUCAAGUCUCAACAUGAAUUCGAAACGUGA